UGUGUAAACAAAUUCCACAUUCCCGGUAAAAGCUGGCGAAAAACUGAAUGGCAAAGGAACCGGUGUGAAAAUCUGCGUCUUCCGGCAGUGAUGCAAUAAUAACAUCUUUCAACCACCUUAAAACAACCUCAUCGACGGGUUGCAAACACGCAACGACAAGGCGUAGUUAUCGUCCCAAAACAUCACAACGUGCCUCGCAAUGGAGCUGGAAGACAACACAAUCGCUACGGCAACGUUGGGCGGUGCGAAAAGCAUUUACUGGUCCUCACUGAUAGCGGGUGGAGUGGCUGGGCUGGUAGUGGAUGUGGCACUGUUUCCCAUCGAUACGGUGAAAACGCGCCUGCAGAGUGAGCGUGGUUUUAUCGCCUCGGGUGGAUUUCGCGGCGUGUACAAAGGGCUCGCGGCCACAGCAGCCGGCAGUGCGCCAACGUCGGCCCUAUUCUUCUGCACCUACGAAACCAUGAAAUCACACCUUCGCCAGUACGCCAGCCAUGAUCAGCUACCGUACGUGCACAUGGUGUCGGCAGCGGCCGCGGAAGUGGUGGCCUGUCUGAUACGGGUCCCGAUCGAAAUCGCCAAACAACGGCGACAGGCGCUACUGCACAAGGGCAACGCAUCGUCGCUGUCCAUACUGUACGAGGCACUCAGGAAGGAAGGCAUCCGGAAGGGUUUGUACCGCGGGUUCGGUACGACCGUGAUGCGCGAUGUGCCCUUUUCGCUGAUACAGUUUCCACUGUGGGAGUACUUCAAGCUGCACUGGACGGAUGUGACCGGCACGGCGCUUACGCCCCUGUCCGUCGCGAUAUGUGGCGCAAUUUCCGGUGGCAUUGCGGCCGGACUGACGACGCCACUGGAUGUGGCGAAAACUCGCAUCAUGCUGGCCGAACAGCUCGAAAGCAACCGGAUGGGAGGGAUGGGCCGUAUACUGCGCAACAUUUACCGGGAGCGUGGUAUACGCGGCGUGUUUGCCGGGUUCGUUCCACGGGUCACGUGGAUCACGCUCGGUGGUGCCAUAUUUUUCGGUAUGUAUGACCUUACGCUACGCUAUUUGAAUGAAAAUGAGGAUCGGUGAAAUCGCUCGCCGCCUGCCGGGUAGGCGAUAAGUUGCGAGCGUUGUUAAAGAAAGGACAGCAGAGUGAUUAGUUAGUUCAAUGAUGCUAAUGCUAGAUGUAACCAAAACCUCGUAGAAGAACAAAAUAAUGUGUAUUGAAGUUCAGUUUUUUUAAGUACACAAAACUGUUAUCCCUCAUCCCAA